AAAAAAGAAUACGAUCCAAGUUACUUCUUUCAAUUUGUUUUGUUUCUUUCGGUAUUGACUCUGCUUUGUAUAAUAUGGGUUUAUCGAUAAUAUGAUACAAAUUACUGGUAACUUUUCAACAAAUCACUGGUGUAUUAAAAAAUACAACCGUCAUUAUUUUGCUUGAACAAACAACUUUUGGAAUUCCCGUAAUUAAAGUAAAACCGCAACGUGUGAAACGAGCUAUUCAACACUUGGACUUUGACGUUUCAUGGUUAUCUUUUUUUGUUUUGAUGACCGUGGGAUUCCCAGACGGUAAGCCCAGACUAAUCCCCACGACGCCUUUCAUCCGGACACGCACGGUUAUAGGCGGAAAAGUGGCCAAGGCGACUCGAACCCAGGGCGGGCACUCCAGCCGGAGUUCCAAUACGGUUAUCUUUUGAACGUUUCAUAUGGUUAUCUCUAGAGAUAUGAUAUCGGAUAUAUUUUUGUUGCAAUAUUUGUCGGAUUGGAUCUUUCUCUCCAAACUUGGGGAGAAUUUGAUUUUUAGGGAUUUAGUUAUAAUUUCUACAUAAAGUUGUAUACAAAAUAUUAUAUUUCAUACAAAAUACAUUUUUCAUUUUUAUUUAGAUGACAUUUUAUACUGUGCACAUAAAUUAAGAAAUAUAUAUAUAUAUUUUUAAAUAAAUCAUUUGUUAUUCACCAAACGAAAUAAAUAUAGUUUUUAAUGAUUGAAUAUGUUACAGUUAUCUACCCAUUUUGUUUAAUUUGUAACUUAACAUUGAGUAUAUUUUUUCAAUAUCUAUUUAAAUACAAUAUAUAUAUAUAUAUAUAAUUUCUGUGGAAAGUUAAUAAUAUUUCAUAAGUUAUUUUUUCUUUAUUUGUAUAAUAAUAUUGUUCCUAUAUUGUUAUGUUAUAUUUACUCAAAACAUUUUUUUAUUAAUUGUUAUUCAUUCAUUUCAAACCAUUGUUCUUUUUUUUUUUUUUUUUUGUCAACCAUACCAUUGUUCUAAACAUCUCUUCUGUUAAAACUAAAAGAUUGUGUUGCACCGAACUUUUUUGUAAAUUUUUAAAUUAAAUACGCCUUUUUCCUACAAAUUAAACCCGCUCGAAAUCAUUAAUAUUCUCUCCUUUAUAUUGAUAGUUUAAUAACUACUCUUUCCUUAAACAACAUUAAUACUCCCUUCCUUACGGAACAUUAAUACUCUAUGCCUUAUUCUAUGAGAAAACAUCCAUAAAAACUUUGAACUUUCAAAUUAAAGCCAAAAAAACUUUGAACUCAUGUUUGAACAAAAAAAUACUCCAACUUUCAAAUUUUGGUCAUUUUAACUUUUAUUUUUUGUUGACUAGACCAUUUUAAACACCUAGAAAGUCAACUGUUAAAUCCGUAAACAUUUGUUAACUCACUAAACAAUGUCGUUUUAACAACUGAUUAAACAUUAAUGAAAUAAUGUCGUUUUACAUCUGUAAACAUUUAAAUCAUCUUCUCUUUCGCGAACCUAAAUUUUCUAAUUCUCUAAUCUUUCAAUCUUCUAAUCUCCAAAACCCAGAGUCAUUGAUAAUGCAAAAGAAGGGGUCGAUGUGAUUACUUCGGGUUCGUCGUAGUGAGAGAUCUUAAGUAGAAAGUGUUAGAAAAUCUAUGAUUGAACAACAAAAUCAAGUCGGUGAAAAAGGUGAUAAUGAAAAUGAUAGUGAGACUAAUGAGAAUAAUAAUGAGGCUGAGAAUAAUGGUAAUUGUGUCGAAGAAAAAUCUUUAGUAGUAUUUAAAAUGAUGUUGUUUAGCAAGUUAACAGACGUUUACGGUUUAAUAGUUGACUUUUCAAGUUUCUAAAAUGGUCCAGCCAACAAAAAAUAAAAGUUAAAAUGGUCAACAUUUAAAAAUUGGAGUAUUUUUUAGCUCAAACACAAGUUGAAAGUUUUUCUGGCUUUAAUUUGAAAGUUCAGGAUUUUAUUGGCAGUUUUCUCCUUAUUCUAUCAAUGCAUUAAUAAAUACAUGGUCCAGAAAAUGUAUGUCAUUUGAAAACUAGAUUGUUUUAUAUUUUCCCAAAAGACUAGAACCCAUUCAUAUUUGACCGAUCCACCUUUUUUCUCAUGUCAUCAUUGGGUUUACCGAUUCAACUACGGAUCUGGAUAGAAUAUAAAAAAAUGAAUAAAAUUAAAACACAUAUAUAAUUAUUUUAAUAACAUAAAUAUGUUGAUCAAAAUUAAAAAAAAUUACUUAAUACCAACUAACAUUUCUUUAUCUAAAAUUCAAAUCCGCGUUUUCAAACGCGGAUCGCAAUCUAAGAUUAAUUAUUUAAUAAAGUCGUAAAUCGUAAUCCUCCAUUUUAAUAAAAAAAACUUCAUAUUUGCAACCACAGCAAUUAUGUUGAGGUAGCCAACCGAAAAAUAAAUAAACAAAUAUAUAUAUAUAUAUAUAUAUAUAUAUAUAUUUGUUUAUGAUUAGAUACUUAAAAUGAUUGAUUGAGAUAUAUUUUCUCCGUUUUAUAUUUGUUGUCAUCUUAAAUUUAAAAUUUUGUUUCAUUUUAAAUGGCGUUUUAUAUUUUUAAUGCAAAAUUUAUUAACAAUAUUCUCUAAUUUAUUUUCUAUUGGUUGAAGUAUAAUUAGAUGUAUAGACAAUGAUAGUUUUAUUUUGAAAAUAUGUAAAAUUAAAUAUUUUUAAUCUGUGUGUAUAAAAUUAAAACGAUAAAUAAAGUGAGACGGAGGGAGUAAAAUUUUUGUGUGUAAAGAUAAAAUUUUAAACUAAAGAAAGUAUCUGCUGCUUAAUCAAUCACCCAACUGUUUAUUACUUGAUAUUGUUGUAAAAUAAUUAAAUAAUCACUGUAUAUAUAGAGAUGGGAAGGCAGAUAUGUUAACAUCAAAAUUUUCAUUCUUGCUUAAAGAUGAUAGGUUUUUGGAAUUCGAUCAGUCUCAUUCCUAUUUCUCUUUCUUUUCUCUUCUUGUUUCAAGAUUUGUUUGCCGCUCCUACUAGACACUUGUGUCAUCCUGAACAAAGGGAUGCCAUCCUGGAGAUCAAAAACGAGUUCAAGAUUCAAAAUCCUUGUAUAGACGGGCUUCCAAAGACAGUGUCAUGGGUAUAUAAUAGUGAUUGUUGUUCUUGGGACAGUAUAAGAUGCGAUGCUAAUUUUAGGGAUGUGAUCAUGCUCAACCUUAGUGACAGCUGCCUCCAUGGUCAGCUCAAUUCCAAAAUCUCUAUUUUUAGGCUUCAAAACCUUCGUUUUUUAACAACUCUCGACCUUUCAAAUAAUGAUUUUAUUGGUAAAAUCCCAUCUUCACUUGGGAACUUUUAUAUGCUAACCACUCUUGACCUUUCCAGAAAUCAUUUUAGUGGUGAAAUCCCAUCUUCACUUGGAAACCUUUCUAAGCUAGCCACUCUUGAGCUCUCUAGUAAUCAUUUUGGUGGUGAAAUCCCAGCUUCACUUGGAAACCUUUCUAAACUCACCACCCUCCACCUCUCUCAUAACAAUUUUACUGGUAGGAUUCCAUCCUCACUUGGAAACCUUUUGAAUCUCACCAAUCUUAGCCUUUGUGCUAACAACUUUAUUGGUGAAAUUCCAUCUUCAUUUGGGAUUUUUUUUUCUCAUCUCACCUCUCUUAGCCUCUGCGAGAACAACUUUGGAGGUGAAAUUCCAACUUCACUAGGUAGUCUUUCCCAUCUCACUGUUCUUGAUCUCUCACAAAAAAAUUUUGUCGGUGAAAUCCCAUUUUCUUUUGGCAGUUUGAAAACGCUCACCAGCUUAUCUGUUGAAAACAACAAGCUUAGUGGUAACUUUCCUCUUAUGCUACUAAAUCUAAGAAAGCUGACUGAAUUAUCGCUCUACGGCAAUAAGUACGUAGGCAAGCUUCCACUUAACAUAAGCUUACUCUCCAACUUGGAGUUCUUUUACGUAAGCGGCAAUGCUUUUACUGGUACCACCCCUUCUUCUCUCUUUUCCAUUCCUUCUUUAGCUUAUGUUGAUUUGUCAAAUAACCAACUCAAUGGCACUCUUGAGCUUGGGAAUAUAUCUUUAUCACCUAAGAUAGAAGACUUACGCCUUGGUAAUAACAACUUCAUGGGAUCAAUCCCCCGAUCCAUCUCCAAAUUAUCCAACCUUGAGAGACUUGACCUUUCCCAUCUCAACACCCAAGGCUGCUCAGUUGACCUGAGCAUCUUCUCGCAUCUCAAGUCACUAAAGCGUCUUUACCUCUCCCACUUGAACACCACAACUACACUUGACUUGAAUGCAAACUUACCAUUUCUCAAGUCACUAGAUACACUGGAUAUUUCAGGAAACCUUGUUUCAUCUGAAAACACUAGUUUGGUUUCAGACCCUCCACUGUUGAGUGAGUUGUAAUUGUCAGGGUGCGGU